AAGGCUUUGGUUAAAGGAGACAGAAAAGGUGAGAGGGAGCCCAGAGGAAAGUGAGUUCCUGCUGUCAGAGGAGGAGGUGGUGAGCAUGGCCAGCAACUCCAGCGCACUGCCCCGGGUGACUUUCCAGACGCCAGAGAAACCUGGGGAGGAAUCAUCACACAGGAAACUGGGCAAGUUGACCAUAAAGUACAACCGCAAAGACCUACAGCGCUGGCUGGACCUGGAGGAAUGGAUCAACGCCCAGCUGCAGGAGCUGUACCAGUGCCGGCUAAGGGAAGAAACAGAGGCAGCAGCUCCUGAACCACAAAUUGAUCUUGAAGAUCUCCUGGAGGUCCCUAAUGAAGAACAGAAAUUAAAAUUACAGGAAAUCCUCCAUGAGUGCUCCAGCCCCACAGAGGACUUCAUUACGGAAUUGCUUAGUCGAUUGAGAGGUCUCCGAAAAGUCACCAACCCUCAGAAGAAAUGA